AACCGUUUGGUAACAAGUGACAAGUGAACAAGUGAAACCGGAAAAAAAUUUGAUGAAACUAACACAUCACGGGUCGAAGCAAAAUGCCUGGCAUACGGCAAUAAUUUUGAACGCGUCGAGCGCAAGGCAAAAGUAAGAAAGGAAAGUGAAAGAGCUAAGGAAAAGUGGUGCUACAAAAAAGUAUGAAAAUUGAGAAUAAAACAAGGUAUUUGUUAAAGUGUGAAAUUUAGUAAACUGAAAGAAAAGUUUGCUGGAAAUAAAUUAUACAAAAUUGCUGCAUUGAAAAGUUGAGUAAAUAGUAGAGUGGCGACGUGGUUGGAGUGCCAGAUUUAAGGCAGGUUCGUGUAAGAGAAGGUGACCACCCACCCAAGUGAAUGUGGCAUCAGAUUUAUUUUACUGGCUGUAUUUUACUUACUUUAAAUAUACAAUAUUUGUAUAUACUACCCCAUACACUUGUGCGUGUGUGUGUGUGUACCGUUAUGCGCGCAACAAAGUGUCGCCUAAUAUUGGCAGAAAAAAUUUUACGUCCUUUGAUAACUGAUAACGGGCAAUGUGAAAUUUUACGAGAGGAUUUACUGCUGUGCAAAAACUAAAUAAAAAAACAAAACUUUAAACGGCAACAACACGCAACAACAACUAACAGCAAUUACAUGGACACCUUAACUUGACUUGUGCAAAAUGCAGGAAUCAUCGAUUCAUUUGAGUCUAGGCGACGAAGUGGCCGGCCGGCUGGCAGUCAUGUUAACUAAAGACCAGCUACAAGUGCAGUGCCUAUAAUUUAUGUAUUUAUACAUACAUACAGGUAUGUGGGUGUGUUCGUGUGCACCCAUUGCCAUCGGGCACAAAGCCUUCAACGUCACACAUUUACGCGCAUAAUUAAAUGCAGCGCCGACUACUUAAGUAUGAAUGGCGCGACGACGUGGCUGAGGAUCACGGCUGUCUUAUAGAGAUUUAUAUGCAAUGUUCUAUAUGUACAUAUAUAUGUAUGUAAGUGUACAGCUGGUGAAUACAUAUGAACAAUAGUCAUGGGCUGUAGCGCGCAGUAAGCGACAUUAAACAAAGGAGCAACAGAGGAGGUGCGCACAGGAGCAGCCAACGAACGACGGAGGCACUCAAAGCAAUUACAUGACUACAGGGCAAAAAAAAAAAUAAAAAAUAAAAAAAAAUCGUUUUGCAAGAAAAAUUAAAGAGAGAGAGUAAGAAAAAAAAAAAUACGGAAAAAAAUAAAAUAAAGGAAAAGUGCUAAAAGAAUGAUGGCAUUUCUUGCAGUUGUGUGAAUUGUGGAGCAAUUUAAUUAUUUUCCUGCUACGCAUUUGCACGUACGUACCUACACUCAUAACGUGAACGUGAAUCUUGUAAGGAGUGCAAAUGAAAGUAAAUAAAAAGUAUUGUAAAUUUUAAACAAAGAAUGCAAUAAUUUCCAAAGUGAAGCGAACAAAAGCAAAAAAAAAAGAAGGGAAAGAAAAAAAUUUCGUAUAAAUCAUUCCGGAAAGCAAGAAAAAUUAUGCUGCAAUAAUAGUUAAUGAGAAAAAGUGUGAUGUGGGAAAAAGCAUAGUGGCGUAGUUAGUGCAAAGUAAAAAAUCAGCAAGCAGACCGGAAUUGCGCAAGCAUAACGUCAAAGUCAAUGGUAAAAGGAAAAGCGUUAAAGUGGUCAACAGUGAAUUGGUGAAAUAGUGCGAAGGAAAUAUUUGUCACAAAUAAAGUGUUUGCGUUUCUUUUACUUUCGGUAAUUUUUCGCAUUCUUUUCGUUUUCCGCUUUUCGUUUCUCGCUAUUUCGGUUUUGUAUUUCUUUGUGUUGAUAUCUCACUUUGUGGCCGCUCUGGCGUAUACGUAAUAAAAAGGGCAAUUUAGCUGAAUGUAGCUCGUUCGUGAAGCUGCUAGGCGAUUGUGUGGCGCAAGUCAGGUGCAGUGGUGCGGAGUCGCAUAGUGUAGUGUGUGCCGUUUAAGGUGCAUGCUGCUGCUGCCAGAUUACGCUUUGCAACAUGGAUGGCGAAAAUCGGAUUAUACUCAACGUGGGUGGCAUAAGAUAUGAAACUUAUAAGGCGACUUUGAAAAAGAUACCCGCCACACGCCUGUCCCGCCUAACCGAAGCGCUGGCCAACUAUGAUCCGGUAUUGAAUGAAUAUUUCUUCGAUCGCCAUCCGGGUGUGUUUACACAAAUACUUAACUACUACAGAACCGGCAAACUACACUACCCCACGGAUGUGUGUGGACCACUGUUCGAAGAGGAACUUGAAUUUUGGGGGCUAGAUUCAAAUCAAGUAGAGCCUUGCUGUUGGUCCACCUACAGCAUACACCGUGACACGCAGAAUACUUUAGCCAUUUUAGAUAAAUUAGAUAUUGAAAAUGAGAAACCCUCGGAAGAACAAAUUGCACGCCUAUUCGGUUUCGAGGAUGCGCUCAUCAAUGGACGUCUCAGUUGUUGGCAGCGCAUCAAACCGAAAGUGUGGGCACUCUUUGAUGAACCCUCCAGCUCGACGGGUGCUAAAAUCGUAGCUAGUAUGUCAGUUUUCUUUAUAUUCGUUUCUGUGAUAUCGUUCUGCCUGAAAACCCAUCCGGGUUUUCGUGUGGACUUUCCCGCCACUCACACCGAUCACGGACCAAGUCCGUCGGCUGCACCGCAUACACCACCAGUGAAUAUACCAAGUAUACCUCAUCAACACAACAUGCCACAGGUGCCGCCGAGCGCCCAUAUAGCCACCACAGUGACGGCGACGCCGGGUACACGCAGCGGCGCUGUGGGCGGCGUCACGCAGCCGUUGCAUGGGAACAGUGUCGGUGCUGGUAUUGGCAUUUCCAAUGUAAUGGGUAUCAAUCACACGCUCGCACACACCUUCAAAGUUACCAACUAUACGGUACCGGGGAAUUCGAGCAGCAGUCAACCGAUAGCCACAUUUUCGCUAAAGGGCGGCACUUCGAAUCGCAAUCGGCUGAAACGUUCGAUACUCAGCGGUAAUGUGAAAGAUUUGAUCGAACGCAAGUUGCUCGGUGGCGUUGAUCAUCAUGCGCAUGGCUGGCAUGAAUCCUAUGGGCAACCGCAUGAGGCAUUUUUCUACGUGGAGUUGGUGUGCAAUGUGUGGUUCUUCAUUGAAGUGCUCAUCAGGCUCAUUGUUUCACCGAAUAUUUGGCAGUUUAUCAAAUCACCAGUAAAUAUAAUCGACUUCACCGCCACACUCAGCUUCUAUACGGACGUCAUGCAACGCAUGGGCGAAUACACGGGGCUGUUGGAGGCAUUCUCGAUAGUACGCAUUAUGCGUCUCUUCAAGCUGACGCGGCACUCGCCUGGGUUGCGUAUACUUAUACACACCUUUAAGGCCUCGGCUAAAGAGCUAACAUUGCUGGUCUUCUUUCUGGUGCUCGGCAUAGUAUUUUUCGCCAGUUUGGCUUAUUACGCGGAAAAAUUGCAGGACAACCCGGAGAAUCAAUUCAAAAGCAUUCCACUUGGCUUGUGGUGGGCAAUUGUCACUAUGACUACUGUUGGUUACGGCGAUGUGGCACCUAAAACAUAUCCGGGCAUGUUUGUGGGCGCACUCUGUGCACUCGCCGGCGUAUUGACGAUAGCACUUCCGGUGCCGGUUAUCGUUAGCAAUUUUUCGAUGUUUUACUCACACACCCAGGCACGUUCGAAACUGCCAAAGAAGCGUCGGCGUGUAUUGCCCGUGGAACAGCCGCGUCGCAAACGUGAACAGGGUCCGCCCACACGUGGCCGUGCGAAUGCCAUCAAACACCUACAUGGCCCACCUACGGCGCCGACAACGAUGUUCAAGGAUCCCUUCGGUGGUGCCAAAAUCGGUAACAUGAAUGGCGUUAAUGUGAUAGGCCUCAACAUGCCGGGGCAACAAGUGCCUUUGACCGCCGCCACGGCCGGCGCCUCCUGCGGUGCUGCGAGGAUGCCCUCACCGCUACUCAACCAUCCGUCUGGCUCAACGGCGGCAACCACGCAGACAUCGCUAAUGCUGACCAGCGGCGGGCCAGCGGUCAUAAGCUGUAAGUGUAGUUGUAGCAGUUGGUUGGUGAUGUUGGACCGCAAAAGGGUCGCUUUUUAAAUAUUCAUAGUAAUUUCUACUUUUUCGACCUUCCUUUACUAUUUACU